UUCGAAUUUUUCAGUCAAAACACGCAAGAAAAAGAUUUGAUAUCGUAAAUAUUUGCGAUCGGCAACUUGUGUUUGAAAUGCUAUAGAGAAGAUCUGCAAAGUGCAAACUGUGUCCUAGUUAUAUAAGAUCUAGAUUCUGCAUACGGUUGGCAGCUUGCACCAUGAACAAAACUUGUUCCUUGCAGUUCCUGCAUUCGAGAUGGACGUAUGACUGAACUUGGGGAGCGAAAGAGAUGAAAAGAGUCUUCAAGUGCGGAAGGUGUAUCUGCAAAGAACACAUCCAACACAUUUCCGCUGUGUAUAUAUAUAUCGGUGCAUGUGUGCGCUAGUUUCAUUUGACUUCGAUGAGAAUAGAAACAGUGGAGACAGAAAUGUCGGAUAAUAGUCGUUUAUGAUAGUCUCGUGUGUGCAUUUUAAUCUUUACAGUGCAAGAUACAUCUAAUUGGCAGAACAAUGCAACUCUCGAGGAGUUCGAGAUUUUGAUUAAAUCUUAGGCAAACAUCAAAAUCUUCACAAAUGGCAGAAGAAGAAAAAGUAUCUUUGUUAGACAAAGAUGGCACUGAUACUCCUCAAUCAAAAGAUACUUAUGUACCUGAAGAACCAACUCGGGAUGCUUCAAUUUCUUUAUUAGACAUACAAAUGCCGGAAACACCAGAAAGUACCAAAGGUCAAAUAAGUGAUGGUGAUACAUCAAGAUUACAAAGUCCAAAGUUGAAUUUAAAGCCGGUGCUUGGAAAAGUUCAAGCCAAAAAGCGAUUAAUGGCAAUUGCUAAUCAGAAUAAAGUAUUAUCUAAAUCUCAUCUUAAGUCAAAUUUGUCAAAGCAUUCCACUGGAGUUUUAAAGAUAAAAGAUAAAAUAGUGCAAGAUGAUACAAAUAAGCCAAGAAAAAAAACAGAAGAAAAAAUUCUGGCUAUUGAAGAAAUUCGAAGAGAAGAAUCUAAGAACAAGAUGUUGUUAGCAGAAGCUAUGGCAGCAAGUAUAGAAGACGACAAUCACAGUAGCAGAAAUACAGGGUUUUCAGAAAGCAUAAAACAUGGGAAAAAUAAGAACAGAUAUGAAAGAAUGCAUGAGUCUCGUAAAAGAUCAAUGACAAAUCAAAAACACACAGAAAGAUGUCGAUAUCGUGAUAAGACUGACAGAGAUCGUUCAAACCACGAGAUGAGAUCUCGAAAUGGAAGUGUGGAACGUUCUUCGCGAAGAUCCUCUCAAGAGAGAGAUAAACACAAAGAUAAAAAGAAGAAAACUGAUAAAGAUAAACGAGAUACCAACAGAACAGGUGGAAAUCGUGAUAAAAAAGAAGAAGGAAAAGAAAAUAAUAAAGAAAAACAAGAAGAAGCGAGAGAAAAAAAGGAAGAAACAAGAAACAAGAAAGAAAACGUAAAAGACAGACGAGGUGAUAUGUUAGACAUAGAAGCAGUAGGUAAAGACAAAAAGGAAAACACUAAAGACAAAUGGAAGGAAAAGGAGUUAGCAAAAUGUAAAUCUUGGACGGAUUUACAAAAAUCUGGUUUAACUCUCGACGAUAUCAGUCACAUUAAAAGACGUGACGAUUCGGAACGAUCUCCAAGAAAUAGAACAGCACAAGAUUAUUCACGUUAUUACAAACAGAUGUUAAUGUUAGACUAUUACGGUCUUAAACGUCAACCGUUUAUAGCUGAUGGAUUUAAUGGUAAAAGGAAAAAAUAUCCACCAGAAUCGAUCAGAACAACGAAACAAACAAAAGGAUUAUCAUUAGUGUAUUGCGAAAAUCCCCAUAGGUCUCUUUUACUAGAUAUUUCGGAAGUUAUGAAAGAUGUGACUCCCGAACGCCGUGAGAGGAUACGAGAUAUACGUGAGACAUCUUCGUCACGAAUCAAUGUAGAAGACACAGAAGACGCAUUGCCACAGAAGCGCAAUUGGUAUCAGCAAAUAAAUGUAAUCGAUUCUCGUAAAGAUACUAAGUGUCAAGUGCCUGUGCAAUUUCCUAAAUCAAGAUGGGACAGCGAGGAUGAGGAAGCGUUAUCCAUCGACAGUAAGAAACAAGAACUUGAAGAACCGGCGAAUAAACUGCAUGCUUCGCUGGAACAACAAGAGGGAUGUUCGACGUCUUCUAGUAUAACUGCCGACAAUAAAUCUGUUAACAACGUUCAAGAGAUUAAAGAAAACAUUGAAUCUGAAACCGAGAAGAUAAUCGAUACUGUGGCAACUAACGAUACAACUUCGUCGUCAUUGCAACAGUCUACGGGAGAUGAGAAGUUAGCUUCCGAAUAUGAACAGUUCAUGAAGAUGGUGUGCACCGAUGGAACCGUGCACACCAGUUUGUCACCCGCGGGAGAUACGGCUGACGACUAUUCGGCAAAGAUAACACCUGCUAAUAAAUUUGCUUCUCCGCCUAGUUAUCAUGAGUUUAGUAUAGAUUCUAACUCGGUAGAUGACAAAGUGAUCAGCGAAGUUGAGUCGAAUGAGAAGUUCGAAAAGAAAAGCACCUUACACUCAGCAGAAGGUUCUAUCAAGAGUAUAGAAGUCGAUGAAUCUACUAUAUCGACGAACUAUGAAGCACAGAUCAGUGAAAGCAACACCGAAGCUGAACAUCCAAGUAACAAUAACAACGAAUCUGACGAUUCUAGAUCUAUUCCGAGUGACUGGGAAAAAGUUAAAAUCAAAGAUGAACGAAUAAGUGACGAAAAUACUGAAUCUAAGGAAGAAAAGAAAAGAAAGAGACGGAGAAAGAUAUCAUCUAGCAGUGAUUCGUCCAGUAGCACCAGUUCUUCUAAUUCGGAAAAAGAGAAAAGAAAAAAGAAACGUAAACGGAAAAUACGGAUUAAUUCAUCUUCUUCGGACUCCGAUAGUUCAGACAGCAGUAGCAGCAGUAGCAGUAGCUCCACUAGCACGGACGAAAAAAGAAAGAGAAAGCGGAAAAAGAAGAAGAUGACGAGGAAGAGAAAGAAGACGAAACGCAUGAAGGCGCGAAUAAAGAAGAAACGAAGGAGAAAGAUGAGCACUGAUUCCAGCAGCAGUGAUUCAGAUAGACGUAGGAAAAGAAAACGGAAGAAAAAGAAGAAAAGAAAAGAAGCUAAACUUGAUGCAAAGUCUAUUAACAACGGGGACAUAAGCAAAAUAAUGUCCCCAUCUCCGUCUGUUAUAGCUUCAUCUGCAGAUGAGGCAAAGUUGCUACAUUCGAUCAAGAUUAAAGAAGAGAUAGAAAAUGAGGAUAAGAAAAUAUCCGAUGAAGUCGUGUCAACAAGAAAAACCGACAUGAGUGUGCAUGACAGUGAAUACGUGAAACUGAGAGGAGAAAAGAAAGAUGGUAAGUCUGACAAAAACUUUGUGGAGCAAUGGGAAGACAAUUCAACGCAAAAUGAUGGCGAUACGUCAAGUCAGGACCAUAGUGUAGAAUUGACAAAGAUAAGUGGCUCGGAGAUAGAUAAACAUCGAAAGAAGAGAAAACACAGUGAUAGCGUGGAAUUAGACAACAAAGACAAGUCUACCAUUAAUGAGGAAAGAAUUCACGGGGAAAAAGAAAGAUCGGAUCAGGAAAUUGAAGUGAAGAGGAAAAAGAAAAAAGACAAAAAUAGAAGCAAUACUGAAUUUUUCGCAGAUUGGGAACGGGAAACUGAGCGCAUCACUCAGCAAAACGAAGCUAGUUUUUUGAAAAAAUCAAACAAGUCGAAAGAGAAAUGGGGCGAGACAGAAUUUGACACACUAAAUGUACCGUCUUUGACACAGCUCGAAAAGGAAGUUUGCAACAAGCAGUUAUUGGCGGAUGAUUGGGAAGUGGAUAGCUUAGAAGCAAUGUCAGAUCUUAUUUUAAGCAAACGGAAAAGCAGUACAUCGAGAAAGAUAGAAAAGGAAGUUAGAUAUGACAAAAAAACCGACACUUAUAUCGCAAUAGAGAAGGAAAGUGCUAGAGAAACCAAAAAGAAACAAGAACGUUCGUUCACAUUAAGAAUAUGGGAACAGGAACAGGAAGAAGGUGAAAGGGAAGAGUUGAUGCUCAUGGAAGAGAGGAAUAAGCGUAAAAAAGAUGAUUGGGACAUAGAAUCGGAAUCAUUUUUACGCAAGAAUAAAGAAGAGGUGGAUGUUACCGAUAUCAUCAAAUCGGACAAGAAAUGGGAUAAAUCGGAUGAAGAUACAAGUGCUAAGGAAGAUUCGAGUAAGAUAACGAAACUCGAUAAUUCGGCGAGAAAACUCGAGUCGUUAGUUGGUUCUAAACGAGUUAGAAAAAGUCGUUGGGACAUGAACUCACAGUCUGAAGAAAAAUCCCAAAUUAGAGAUAUAUGGGAGGAAUACGCCGAGAAAGAAGAGUCUCACACUGCGGAUUAUUCAGAAGGCUUCGCUAAGACAGAUCUGAUGGAUUUCUAUCAGAAAAAUUCGCACAGUAGCAGAGAAUCGCUGGAAAGACCGUGGACACUGGAGGAGAUAGCAACCAAGCCUGUGCAGGUGAAACAAAUAGAGGACGCGUCGAUAAAAAAUUUAAUUCCCAUAAAAGUAAACGAGGAACAAAUUACUAAGAAAGAACAUCAAGCUAGAGAUCAGUUCGACGAACUGUUAGGAUUAGACGCCAAGUUUAAGAAGAAACCUAUAGAAUUGUACAGUCCUAGUUCUCCAGCUCUUUCUCAAAAGUCUCAGGAUCUAUCUAACGAUAGUAGUUCCCCUCAUCUUCCACUUCACGAUAAAAGAAGAAAGGAGAUGUUGAUUCCAACUGAGGAACUGAUACUUCCUACGGACAGUAUACCGUUGCAAUUAACAAAACUGCGCGAUACUAAACACGAGGUAAACGAAAUUGGGACUAUUUUAGAUAAAGUACAACAGGAAGACAAAAACUCCGAUCUUAAUCAAUUUGAAAAAGUUGGUUUGUUUGACGACUUGCCGAUGAAUGAACCGUGUCCGGAAACCAAGUCAAUAUGUAUGGACAUUUUUGCGGAGUACAAAUCAGAAAAAUUGAAGAGUAAACAGCAUGCUGCGAGUUCUAAUGCGGGUUCGAUUGCACGUAACGACGAGACGAACGAAGAAAAACCGGCGGCACUUAAGCUCAUUCCUAAUCAACUUUUGAUUCGACGUACAAGCGAACAAGCAAAACCGAAACGUAUGUCGUUAGACGCGUCUUUAAGUGAUUCUACUCAUCAAACGUCGGACCUGUUGGCAAUACAAAAGAAAGAGUCGCACGCGACGAAGACCGAUGCUAAAGAAGCAAAGUCGAACGAAAAACCAACGGAUCAAAUCGUUCACACGAAGUAUAGAGCGGCGAGUAAUAGCGAAAACAAUAAAUUAUUAGACACAACUGAAUUUACAGUAGCUCCUAAAUCGUCAGUAAUAGCGGUACGACGAUCCAGAUCUCCGCCAUCCGAGAAAGUUUCCGUUCGAUCGGAUCAAUCUGAAAAUUACGAAAAGGAAUACAAAAACGAUGAUGGAAAAAGAUACAAGAGCGAUCGAAAUCUAAGCGAUCGAAAUCUAAGCGAUGUUCCAUCUGGCGCACGAUCUCCCGUCAGAGAACGAAAGAAGCGAAGUCCUCACAAGAAAGAAAGCGAGAGACGAUAUUCGCACGAUUAUAAUAAGGAUAAGAAGGAAAGAAGAUCUGACGAUGCGGAAAAGACCGAUAGAAAAGACAGCAGAAGCACCAGGGCGGAGUAUACAGAUAGUCGGAGAAAGUCGAGCCCUUCGGGAGGAAGGCGGAGAAGAAGUAAAAGUCCAUUAUCCUCGUGGGAGCGACAAGAGAGCCGAAGUCCCGAUCACAGCUGGAGCAGAAGUCGCAGUAUGAGUCCGAAAAGGAAGGACGAGAGUUCCGGUAGCACGCGAGAUAGGGAGAAGAGAAGAGAAAGAUACGAGGAUGAGCGACCAAGUAGAUCGAGAGCAGAUGAAAGGAAAAAAGAGAGAUACGGUCGAUCUCCACCACGUUCCGACUAUAAUGAUGAUAAAAAAGAUAACUUUAGGAAGCACAGCACAUCAUCUUCUAAGAGCAAUCGCGACGAUUGGAAUAGAAGAUUCGACAACGUAGACGAGAAAGACAUUAGAUCAUACGAUUCGGUAGAGAUGCCGAGAGAGAGACCAAGUCUGGAAUCUGAAAAAUAUAGAGACAACAGGUUUCAUGCAGAAGAAAUAGAUCGUGCAUUUUGGCAAUAUGAAAAUAGCAAUAUUUUACGAGAUGGUAACGAAUCUAUAGAUUCUUAUGUUGGACACGAUCUACCUCUUGAUUAUGAUCGAUCGUACUAUAAGGAAGACCAUCUGGAAAGAGACACGUGCUCGCCUCAAUCGAGAUAUGGAAGAAGAUCUGGCGCGAGAAGAGAGCGACAGUGGGAAAAAGAUAAAGAUUUCUCGGAUCGACACGGGCAUCAUACGCGUAAAACCGAACGACGAAAUCGCGUGCGAUUUCGUCGUUCGCGGUCAAGAUCUUGGUCGCCGUCGAGAUCGCGGACACGAUCUAGAUCAAGAUCGCGAUCGCGUUCUAGGUCGCUAUCACGAACAAGACCGCGAAUCAGAUCGCGAUCUAGAUCAAGAAGUGGUUCUCCGUUGAAUUCGAGGUUGCGACCAGGAUCGGCCAUGUCGAGAUUACGAAGCCCGGAACGUGGAUUGAGAACGUCGGAAUUGCGAUCUUCCAGAUCUCUUUCUCCUGGAAGGGAUAAACUGAACGAAAUAGAGAGGGAAAGAAGGGAUGAGAGUGAAAACAGAAAAUUCAAUAUUUGCAGCGAAAGAGGUAGACGUAUAGAAACAAUCGUUCAGUCGGGGAUUACGGCAGGAACGAGCAUUUUAGAUUCGGAAAUGAACAUUAACAGAAGCAUGGACGCGGACAUUUCGAAUUUCCAAUAUUCGAAUGAGAUUGAGGGUGGAAACGAGUAUUAUUAUACAGAAAAUAAUUUAACUUAUCCUCCAUGUAUAGACGAGUCGAGUACAAGUUCUCCCAAACGUUUAUCACUCGAUGAUAGAUUAGAAUUAGAAUUAGGUAUUAAGAAACAUAGAGAGCACGGCAAGGAUUCCACUGGCGCGGAAUAUUCUUCUAACUUCAAUUCCAAUAUUAUCGCGUAUCCGUCUCCUUCGCAGCAGCAGCAGCAACAACAAAUGAUAUAUAGACAGCCUACUGUAUUGCAGGUUGGAAACGUUCUACAAGUUGUUCCUGCUGAUUUCAAUGGAGUUCAGUCGACACGUCGAGAGAGAUCAACAGCCGUGACUCCAUCUGUGCGACCUGGAUCUAACCAGGUGGUACGCGUAGGUAACGUUCUCCAAGUAGUGCCUACAUCGUUAGACUGGACUGGUAAUCAAUCAUCGUCGACCACAAAUCAAUCGAGCGGAGUUUUAUGUUCCACAGUUCCGGCACCUUCGCCAUCAACGUCCUCCGUUUCUACCGUCCCUGUUCCCGUACCUGUUCCAUUACCCGUACCACCAGCUGGAACGGCAAAUACUCUUCCGACUAUACCAACUACCGGAUCACUGCCUCUCUCAUUGCCAGUACCCGUUCCCGUCCCAAUUCCGAUUCCUCCCACAUUCUCGAGAAACGAAGUUCAACAACAAAAAAUCGCUCAACCAGUGUACAAUUAUGAAGCUAUACUUGAAAUACGUCGCAAAGAACGAGAAGAGCGCAAGAGAGUACGCGAGCUACGUAGAAAAGAAAAGGAACGCAAGAAAAUAGAGCGGACCAAUCGACGAGCUCUGCGACUGUUGGAGAAAAAUAGUAUGCUCGCGCGGCAAGAGGGUGGUGUUAUGUUGGAUCGACGCAAGGGUUCGGUUGUUGAUCCGUCGGUUUUGAAAGCACUUCGAGAGGGAGAAGAACAAAGUGAGACUGAAUCUCCAUUAAUUAAUCCUGUAAAAGAAGGUGAUGAGCCGACUAUUUCUUUACCUGUAAAAGAAGAAGAUGAGGAAGUCGUUGCGGACGAAGACGAAGAUGAUGAUGAAGAAGAGGCCGAGGCGGAUGACGAUGACGAAGAGGAAGAAGAAGCAGAAGACGAGGAUGACGACGACGAUGACGAUGACGAUGAGAAAUCAACGUCACAAAUGAUUAAUCAACGAAUUGAAGUUGAUGAAACGACAACAUCGGCAGAUGUGAAUAAAAAUCAAGCGGAAGUUGAAAUAAAGAAAGAAUGGCCAGAGUUACCACCUCCGCCAUUAAAAGGCAUUUUGAUUUCACCAGGAUAUAGGAGAAACAUGACUUCUAAUGGUGAUCUGGAUGAUUCAACAUUGGAUGCGGAUAACAAUGUCCAGGAUGAUGUUGACAAAGAAGACACAGACAAAAAUAAUGAAUGCGAGGAAGAUGGGCUUGAUGGCAAGUCUAAAUCAAAAGCAAUGAGGUUGAAAAAGAGAGGCAAAAAAUCGGUUCAGUUCGCGGACGGUAUAAGACCGGGCGAGGGAACCAGUCCCAGUGGUGGUGAAGGCGACAUGCCCUCACCGCCUCCUCCCACGGGAAUAAGCUUCCGCGAAGGGCUCAAAGAUUUGAGAAAAGAUAAACUUUACAGAAAGAGUAAAAAACAAGAGAAGAGAGCAAGACCGCCCAAAACAAAGAAGAAAGUUAAGGUAAAGAUAAUCAAAUUGAAGAAACCGCGCGUUACCCCAUUGACUGCCAUGAUGAUGGAUGACUCCGACGAAAUGGACGAUCGUUCACCACCCCCGCCACCUCCCGGUUCUCCACCGCCGCCGCAUUUAUGGCCCAGUUAUCUUUCGGCUUACAACACAUCAAUUCGGACGGUCGAACACGCGCAAGUUGCAACUUCCACCUUGACAUCCGUUCAAGCUCCACCCCCAACUCCACUGCCUCUUUUGAGGCCACCGCCUCCGCUACCAAAUUAUACCAUUCAAUCUUGCAGUAAAGCUUAAACCACGCACGAAGUUUUGUACAUUAUUUACGACGAAACUGUUUUAUUCUCGCGAAAAAUCGCUGAAGAUAUCGCUAAUGUGUCGUACUGCACUGUAUAAAAAAAAAAAAAAAAAAAAAAAA